AUGCAACUUUCAAAGAUUCUGUUCUCGCUUGGCCUGGCGGCUAUUGCCGUUGCCCAGAGCAAAAUCAAAAUCAUGCCUCUUGGUGACUCCAUCACCGAGAUAACAUGCUGGAGGGCCAAGGUCUGGGACCAGUUCGUUGCAGCGAACAUUACCGACAAAGUGGAGUUCGUGGGCUCUAUGACCAACAACCCACAGAACUGCAAAGCUCAGUCAGGCUCGUUUGACCUUCAUCAUGAGGGUCAUUCCGGCUGGCUGUCUAUCAAUAUCGCAAACCAGUAUCUCCAAGGUUGGCUGAACAGCAGCAAGCCCGACGUUGUACAGUGGAUGCUUGGGACGAACGACGUUGCCCAAGGUCGAACGACGGCCGAUAUUAUCGCUUCGUACACGAAGAUGGUUGAUCUGAUCAGGGCAUCCAAUGCGAAGGGAAAGAUUCUUGUUGAUCUUUUGAUUCCCCUGUCUUUCAACGGCGGUGGCAUCGACACACUUAACGCCCAGAUUCCAUCAUGGGCCGCAUCAAAGAACACCACAGACUCUCCCAUCAACAUUGCAGACUGCUCCACGAAAGCUGGAUUCACGACCUCCAUGCUUAGGGACGGAGUACACCCGAAUGAUCAGGGAGACCAGCUGAUUGCGAAGCAGGUUGGGCCGCAGUUGAUCCAAUAUGUGAAAGGCCUCAUUGCUGAGCGAGGACUGUGA